AUGUAUUAUUUAUAUAUUUAUAUCCGGUUCUGUUGUCUUUCUGCAGGUGCUCACACAACCCUGCACACAGAGUAUGGGAUGCCCUCCAGUCAUUCCCAGCUUAUCUGGUUCUUUGUUGUUUACUUCUUUCUUUUCCUUUAUUUAAGAAUGCAUCAAACGAACAAUGCUCGGUGUGUGGACCUGCUGUGGAGACACAUACUGUCCAUCAUCCUGUUGGGCAUAGCCUUAUCAGUCUCAUACAGCAGGGUGUACCUGUUGUAUCACACCUGGAGCCAGGUUUUCUAUGGCGGAGUGGCUGGUUGUACAAUUGGCAUAAUCUGGUUCUUUUUCACACAAGAGGUGCUGACACCAUUAUUCCCCAAAAUAGCAGCAUGGCCAAUAUCAGAGUACUUCCUAGUGCGAGACACAAGCCUGAUCCCCAACAUCUUAUGGUUUGAGUAUACAGUGACCAGAUCAGAGGCAAGGAACAGACAACGAAAGCUUGGAACUAAACUUCAGUGAUCUACGCAGUUUUAUUGGGAAACUGGGUUUAGGACCACACACACACCAAACACCACACACACACACACACACACACACAUAGACAGACACUCAAGUACACACACAAAUCAAUGCUCACUUAACAAAAACACACUGGAGAACCAUCUUUUGGACUGACGUGGUUGCAAGGAGUAAAGGGCAAAACCGUUUACAGGUGGCGAAAGAGUGCCUGGACCUGGCCCGGAGCCUACAGCCUGAGCAAGUCCGUCCACACGCCUCUCCUUCUUGUACAGCUUGCCCAAAAUGCUCUUCAAUGCAUGCAAGACUGUGCAAGAGGCAUACUAUUUAAUGAUAGAUUAAUAUAUAUAUUUUAACUAUAAACGCACGCUGACAGUAACAGUGUACUGUAAGAGAUUCAAGGAGCCUAAAAAGAGGCUUUGGUCAAGUUUCAAACAAAUUGGUGGGCGUCAUUGCAGCAUGUAUUUAGUGAUUCCUUUUUUAAAUAUUCUGACGGAUAGCUGGUGGGAACGGGGGGGAGGGAGGGAGGGUGGUUAUGGCUUGGUUUUCCAUUUUUCAUUGUUAUAUAAUAGAAAAUGAACAAUUUCUAAAAAAUUGGUUAUGAUGUAAUAUAAAUGAAAAUUUGCACUUUGUGAAAUUUACAAGUAAAAAAAAAAAAAAACGACUAACACUAGUUAAAUGUUAAGACCCUCCCCCUCUUUUCCCUCAUCAGUCUUUGCUUUGUAUCUAUGACUAUCUAUGUCAGUCCUAAUAUAUUAGACUCCAAAGCUGAUCUGCAAGCAGUGUAAAUUUAACGUACCUUCUGUACUAUUGAGCAUCGAGGUUGUGUUUUCUGUUCAUAUCCACGUUUGAGGAUUAUGAGACUGAAUCACAGCAGCAGGUUUCAGUUAUUUUUUUUUUUAUUUUUUGUUGUUGUUGAACACACUUUGGACUGAGGUGGUGUUUUCUGAAUGCCUCACACACAGUAGCAGCCUGGGAACAGAAUUCUGGGAAUUAGUUUUCUUUUUUUUAUUCAGUUUCUUCUUAUCUUGUUUUCUGCUGUUGCAGAGAACCUUUUUUCUUUUUACCUACAUUUUCAAGAUAACAUUCCAUAUCAUUUAGUGAGAAAACAUACAUAUUGACUGCUGAGGGGAUAUGUUUUCUUUUUGUAUUAUUUUUGACGAAAGGAGAGAAAAAAAAGCCUCAGGUCAGUCGUAGCAUGUGAUUAUGCUUAAUUCCUCACAGCCCACGGCAGCUAAUGUUGAAAGCUGUCAAGUGGGGAUCUGAAGCUGAUUUAAAACUGUCAUAUCAUUAGCUCCACAAAGGGAAGUAGUUCUCUUAGACUUUGAUUUUUUUUCCAUGUGUAACCUAUAUCAGGCUAAAUAAAAUGUGUUUAUGUACAA